CCCGGCCGGCUCUGAGGGAAGUAGGGAGCCGCCUCGGCGUGCCGUGCCGUACCGUGCCGCCCGCCCGCCUCGCCUCGCCCCCCGCCGCCUUGCCGCCGCCAUGCUGCCCGGGGUGGGGGUGUUCGGCACCGGCCUGACGGCGCGGGUGAUCGUGCCGCUGCUGAAGGCGGAGGGCUUCGCCGUGAAAGCGCUGUGGGGCCGCACGCCCGAGGAGGCGGAGGAGCUGGCCAAGGAGAUGAGCGUCCCUUUCUACACCAGCCGCAUCGACGAGGUGCUGCUGCACCAGGACGUCGACCUGGUCUGCGUCAACUUGCCGCCGCCUCUCACCCGGCAGGUCGCCGUCAAGACCCUGGGCAUUGGAAAAAAUGUCAUCUGUGACCGAACUGCAACUCCCCUGGAUGCUUUUAGGAUGAUGACGGCGGCUCAUUAUUACCCAAAGCUCAUGAGCAUUAUGGGGAACGUUUUACGCUUCCUGCCCGCUUUUGUGAAGAUGAAGCAGCUGAUCCAGGAGGGUUAUGUAGGGGAGCUGCUGGUGUGCGAGGUGCAGGUUCACAGUGGAAGCCUUCUGGGCAAGAAGUACAAUUGGAGCUGUGAUGACCUGAUGGGAGGUGGGGGUUUGCACUCGGUCGGCACCUACAUCAUUGACCUCCUGACCUUCCUCACCAGCCAGAAGGCCGUGAAAGUGCAUGGGCUGCUCAAGACCUUUGUGAAGCAGACAGACCACAUCAAGGGGAUACGGCAGAUCACCAGCGAUGACUUCUGCACGUUUCAGAUGGUCCUGGAGGGUGGUGUGUGCUGCACGGUGACGCUCAACUUCAAUGUCCCGGGAGAGUUCAAACAAGACAUUAUUGUGGUGGGUUCAGCAGGACGGCUGAUUGUAAUAGGCACUGAUCUCUACGGACAGAGCAACAGCUCUCCUCAGAGGGAGCUUUUGCUAAAGGACUCCACACCAGUCAGCAACUCCUUACUUCCAGAGAAGGCCUUCAGCGACAUCCCAUCCCCCUACCUCCGGGGCACCAUUAAGAUGGUUCAAGCUGUCCGGCAGGCGUUUGAGGAUCAGGAUGACAGGAGGACCUGGGACGGGAGGCCCCUCACAAUGGCAGCCACUUUUGAUGACUGUCUGUAUGCCCUGUGUGUGGUAGACACCAUUAAAAAGUCAAACCAGUUGGGGGAAUGGCAGAACAUUUCAAUCAUGACUGAAGAGCCAGAGCUGAGCCCAGCAUACUUAAUCAGUGAAGCCAUGCGGAAGAGCAGAAUGUCUCUGUACUGCUAGCUUCUAGGAAAGAAUAGGAACCAGACAGCUCUUAAAGGAAAUGGUAAUUCAGCCCCUGUGAAGGGCCUGGGAGUCUUAGAAAGAGCAGAGGAUACAGGACAAGGAAAUACAGUGUUUGGAUCAACUACAUCUGAUGGUGGCUAAUAUGCCAAAGUGGUAAGGUCCUUAGAAAUGCCCAAAACAGAGGAGACUUAAGAGCUGACGUAACCCAACUGUUUUAAUAAAAGUAUUAGCUGGCUGAUUGGAAAGAUAUAUCACAGACUCAUCUCCUGCUUGCAGGUGCUUUUGAUUAUCCAAUUGUGUUUACUGUGAAAGGUUGGGAAGAUCCUUUUGGAUUUUCCUUUCCUACCAGAGGGCUGUGAAGGUACUGUCAUGUCAUUAAAUUUUCUGUAUUAUCUGACAUGAAUGGUUCCUACCAUGACAGCUGACACCACCAUGCUGUAGUACUACACCUCAAACCAACACACCAAACAACAGGACUUGUUGUGAAAGUGUCAUGUGAGAUGGAAAAAUCUUGGCAGCUCACUUUUUAUAUAGUUUGCUAGGAACUUCUCUGUGUUGGUUUAGCUAGUUGUUUUUGUAGAUUUUUUUUUGUUGUUGUUACAUUUUGGUUUGUUUUAUUUAAAGCACAAUUCAGUAGGAAAAUGUGUGGCUUAUAAAACAAAGCAGUCCUCAACCACAGUCCUGGUAUUGGCAGAGGGAGGGUAUUCUGUGAGAUAGUCUUCAGUGAUAACUGCACAGAUUUGCUGAUUAAAAUAGGUUGUGCAAAACCUACAUGGAUGGCAUGUGGCAUGACACAGUACUGAUGGUGGGUUUUAUUACAGAGCUGAACUCAGGUUAGUCUUAUGAAGGCUUACACAUGAUUUCUUGUGUCUGGGACUGACUUUUGAGUGAAUUCAUCCUGCAUUUUGUUUUUAGGUGGAAACAGUAGAAAUCCAACCCCAAACCAUAUGAUACUAAAGACAUGUGGUUUUCUUUUAAACCUUUGUGAACCUACACUUGAGAGAUACACACUGAUGAUUAAUUUCAUAUAGCUCAGCCCAGAGGCUUUCACCUCCACCAAGUGGUGAGUGUGAAAACCAAAAGAGAUGAGAAAUUUUCCUGUCCAUUUCCAGGGGAAAAAAAUUACACAAAACUUCCACCUCUUCACUUCUUAAAGUGGCCAUUAGCUGGUACUGUAGUAAUCAUUCCCUGUCAUCAGUGCAGGGGUGGACAAACUCUUUUGAUAUGUUUGCCCUGUUCUUCUUUUUAAUAUUUUAGAUUGCAGUCUUGAAAUAAUAUAUUCUUUCAAGAAUUCAGUCUUGAAAGAAUAUAGUGAAAGGCACAUAAAUGAUCCCAGUAAACAGGGAUACUGAUUUUCUGUCUAAAGCUGCUCCAGUGCUUACAUGUUUACAGAGCUAGGUCCUCAGAUAGGAAAGAAGUAGAACACAAGCAUAUAGCACUAGAUUAGAUUAAUCUUGAGAAAACCUAUUCAGGGUCUUUUGUUAAUUUUGACUAGUGGAAAGAAGAGAACAUUUGGACAAGCAGUAAAGUAGAAGAGAAAGCAUGACCCUCUUUGUCAAGGCAUUAGUGUUGCCAUUUUAGGUUAGAAAGAGAACUGUCAGAAUAAUUUAGAUUUCUUUAAAAAGCACUUAGAGUUUUGCUAUUUUUAGGAGCACUAAGGAUUUCUCUAGGGUUUCUUCUACAAAUGACUGUCUGAUUGCUGUAUGCUCUUGCCUGUCCUAUGCCCAGUUUUAAAGCUUUGUGUUUUUGAACAGAAUGACAGCAAUAGUUUGUUUCAUCUCCUCUGACUUCAGCCGGGUGAAGUCAGGUGUUUUAUCCUGAUCAGCUGUGCAAGUCAGUACAGAGAGAGCUCCAAAGGCUGACUCAGUUAACCCUAAGUUAAUAUAGAAGGAGGUGCCUACUGGAAAUUCCCAUCCUCCCUGUUUGCAGAGAGUCUUGGUUUCUAAAUUUUUAGGUGUCUAAACUUAGGAACCCAGAACUUACUGAUUUGUUCUUAAAAUUAGAUGAGCUUAUGUGUGACCUCUCAUGAAAUACUUCCUAAAGUGUAAUAGUGUGGCUGAUGAAGGAAUAAUGAAAUACUACAAAACUGCACCCAGGUGGAGAAUUGUUUCUAUCCAUGUUGUUCAGCAAGUUCUAGCAACUCUCUCUGGGCCUGACCAGUUCUGCUAAGACCUCAGGCAAGCUUUUUUCGAUCCUUCUUGGAAGCAGCCCUUGACAAGUUUGGCUGUUUUUUCUAAAAACAGAUUUCUCUGAAAACUCUUGAGGUGUUGUAUCUAUGCCAACAGAAAUUUCCCAUUAUAAUUGUCAUGGUAUACUAUGCUACCCAGUUCCUGCCCUGAAAAAUACACAGAGAAAUACAGAAGUGAGAAUUUGAUCAAGAAAUCAUCUCUCUCUUCUGAAAAAUGGAAUUAGCCCCAAGGGGAUCAAAAGAGUUUUCAUAUAGUAAGGCAAAAGCCAUUUAUUGAAAAUAGUGGCUAGUUCAAGUCAUGAAUGCAAGCCUGGUAGAUAAUUAACCACAUCUAGUUAAACAUCUUCCAAAACUGGAACUAAACAUGGGCCAAAAUGUUUGUGACUCCUACUUCUAAGUGGUUUGGCCAUUGUGCUGGAAUUGUUUUCCAUGUUUUUGCACUUCAUUUUGGUUCACAAAUGUUGACAGUUUUUCCUAUCUGUAUUUUCUCUUUUAAAUGUGUUUUUCUGGGUUUUGUGAUGCCAGCUGGCAGAAGAGAUGCUGAAUCCUGUUCCCCAUCCCUGCAAUGAACAGUCAGUCCCCAGGCGAGACACAGUGCAUAGGGAUGGUACCACAGAGCUCAACCUUUCUGCCCCAGACCUAAACGUUUAGGUGACAGGCAUCAUCCAUCAUCUCUGCAGCCUUAUUGAUGCAGACAGUGCUGCUUAACAGAAAAGAAAAUCUGAUGUAUUGGUUACAUAGCCAUUUGAUGCUACUAUUAGUACUGGCUUGCAAAUGUGUUGAAUCCUGUACAGCUCUUUGUGAGACCACAGCGUUGGCCCCAGAGAGGCAUCAAGAAUGAGCAGGGCCAGGGUGGGACCUCCUCUUCUGACAGCAAGAAAGAUCUUAUGCCAGAUUUAGGUGAAAUUGUUACCUAACUGGGAUGACAGCAGUAACUGCAUACACUUGGGAUGGUAUGACAGUUUUUCCAUUCUCUAGGAGGUGAAGGUGCUGUAUAGUCAAGUGUAAAGAUCCUAAACUUCCAUCUAGCUUCAAGGAGUAAGGGAUUCAGUUUACUUAUAGAAUGUGUAUUACUAUUCUGAUAAAUUGUUACUUUUCAAUCUGGAAUCUUUGGUGGCAGCAUCAAGCCCUCUGCUCUUUUGGUACAGCUGGCUUUAAGAGUUUGGGCAGCAGAUAGCAGAGAUGAACUUGAUUAAAAUACAAAAUGGUACCACUCCAGGAAAUAUAAAUUUGGAAUUGCACUUUUAAUGCUGUUCUUUAAUGCUGUGCCACAAGGUUUGAGAUGAAUGCUGCUAGAAUUGGUGAAGCCUAAUAGCCAAACUGUGGCUACUGCUGGAAUUUACAGUAGCCCCCAAAUGAGCUUGUUCAUACAUUAGGUAAGAAAUGUUCAUUCUUCUUCCCUGGGGCUGCUUUUGGAGAGGCUCUUUCCUUUGCCAUCAACCUGUGCACAUAGGAUACUGAACAAUAUGGUCUAUUGCCAAAGACAAGAGGAGCCAAAGGGUGAGCACAGGUAAAAUGCUUUGCUGCUCAGCAGGGAUCUGGGAUGGUCAUCUGAAAAGUGGUAUCUUAUUUCCCAUGGGAAUUGCAUUGGGCUCCACACCAGGGGUAGGGAGACCCUACUCUGCGCAGCAGGAGGGCAAAACUGAAGUCCUUCUGUGUGCCCAAAGGGGAGUGGUGACUGCAGCAGCAGAGAGUGACAAGAAGGUUUAUCUGUAAUCUGCCACCUAUACACUUGCACCAACAGUUAACAUUUACUGGUAGCACAGAGAGUGAGGGCUGUGCCUGGCUGAGGGUGUUAGCAGCAGCCUUCUUCUGCCUCUGUGUUUGGGAGCCUGAAAAGAGACCCUGGGGAAAGCAGCAUCCAUCCUGUACUCCUGCUGGAUCUGUGUGGAUCCUUAUUGCCGAACUCAGUGAAGUUCUACAUGGAGGCAAAAGAACUCUGCAGGAGCUUAGGGUUUCCUAUAUUUAAUAUGCAUGUGUUAAAUCUGUAGUACUUAAGCUGUGUAGUUGAAAAUACCAAGUUGAGGUUAUAUGUCCUUAACCGUGCAGCCAAUAUGGCAGAGAACUGGGGCAUACAUAGGCAAAUUUAGGCUCAGGAUGGGCUGCUGUAGAGUUCAUCCUUUGCUUUGGCUGAAAGCAUGAGAAAUUCCUGCCCAGCCAGCACAGAGCAAUCAGAGGCACUCUCCACUUUGUACUUAGUGUUUCCUUCUUUCGAAUAGCUUUUGAAUCAGUGACUGUACAAGUGAACAGCUGUCCUGGAAGUUCAGCCACUCAAAAAAGAAGGCUGGGACAACUGAAUUUCUCUGUUACCUUGUUUAUUUCUGUGUCCAUACAAAUGUGGAAAAGACCCAGAGAAUUUUAAAUUAUUAAUUUCUCUUAGAAAAAUUAAAAAAGGAAUAAAAGAGCAGAUUUUAUUUAAUGGCUAAAGGUAUACACAGUAUCUUGAUGAUGUCAUUGCAGGGAUCCCAAAAGUACUUGAUGAUGGAAUUUCUAAUUGCUGGGAAUUUUUAGAUUUGACUUAUUCAGUAUAGAAUUUAAAAAAUUAUGAAGUCUCUUCACUGAUAAGUCCUGUAUUUACGAGAGCUUAAAAGCACCAAGCAGACUUCACGUUAAUAUGCAAGACAUUGGUGUGAUGUUCUAGUGGCCCAGAAGUAUGAAACUUAGCAUUGGACUGUGUGACCUCUACAGUGCUCUCUAGAUAUUUAGAAAUAGUUGUGAAAUGGCAGGACUGUUCAGGACAGCAGUUUCUUGCUGUUGUUGUUGAAGUUGUUAUUUGUGGGGAGCAAAGUGUGUAAAUUUUAGAGACAAAGUAUGACUGAAUAAUAAUUGGCAGUCUCAUCUGCUUUAAAAUUUCCUCUUCUGAGCUGCUGGGUGAAGCCUGUCCAAUAAAAAUAAUUUCCCCUUAAACAAUAACUGCUUGCUUCCAUUUGCUCAUGAAAAGGAGAAAUUUUAAGUAAAUGGGACUGUACAUAAUGCUGCAUUCAUGAACUGAUGUCAUAACCUCAUGACUUACUGAGUGUAUGAAGCCAGACCCCAAGCAAGUAAUGACUUUUUCAAAGCUGCCAAAUCAAAGCCCUGGGGUUUGGGAAUGAAGGGUAUCAGCUUAGGUCAAACUAAGAUUGCUUUUAUUCAGCAUUUUCAGUUAAAUGAAUAAACAGAAUGGCUAUGGUCAAUCCAAAAUUGAAUGCAAAAGAUGGUUGUAGAAGGUCAUUUAUGUUUUCUCCUUUGGGAUUAAGUUCCACUUUUAAGGAAUGCUGUUUUGAAAUGAAAAGCUUUUUAAAAUGUAUCUUUUAUUAUGUUUUGGCACGUGUGAUAUUAACUGUUUGGGUGUGGGUCUUUUUUGUUUGUUUGUUUUUUGUUUAUUUUUAAGUUUGUACUUUAAAAAAUCCCAUCCAUUAGGUUCAGGCCGUUCAGUGAAUUCAGCUGUCCUUUGGCAAGGUUGGCUCUGACCCUGCAGCGUCACGCAGUGACCCCAUUUCUAGCAUCUGAAUCUGGCUGUCUGGGUUUCAUUUGUGUCUCCUUGUGGCACUGGGAAAACUGGUUCAUUACACAGACUUGGCAACAGAUAAUCAAGUUAAUUUUUGCAGCAGUGCCAGCCAUCAUCUUUAAAAGCACUUAACUCUAUUAACUUGUUUACCAUGGUUAUUUAUGGCCUUCCAGCCAUGUGCUGUCCAUUACUUCCUUUUCUUUUUACACCAGCCAUCAGACUCGCUUUGCUCCCCUUUCUAUUUUUCAUUCCAUGGCAAGCCACAAGGCGAGUCUCUUAUUUCCCACUGAGCUCAUGCCCAGUCUGUGUGACACAUGGCAUAAAGGGUGGUGAACCUACAACUUGAAGUAGUUUUAAACACGGAUUUAUUACAAAAUAUGUUAACACUGCAGCUACUCGAGGAUGUGGCAUACGGAAUGCCCAGCCAGGGCAGGAAUCAGAGCUCCCUGCUAUGCCAUGCUUCACAAGUGACACUCACUGUUUCUCUGUACUAGUUUUUCUUUUAUUUGAUUUUGAAAAUGAGAAUAUGUUCAGUUUGUUGCUGUGUCAAUAUUAAGUAUAUAUUUAUUGUUUUUCAGACAUACAUACAUAUAUAAAAAUGCUAUAUAUAUAUAUAAUGUCAACGCAUGGACAUAUGUACAGUAGAUAUUUUAAAGAGCUAUUUAUCAAGAAAAGUAAGUGUUAUAAGUAAACAGAGUUUAUAUUUUAUAUAUUAUGUAGAUAGGAAAAAAGGGGUUAAAUUAUAGUAGGACUUUUUUGGGGGGUGGGGGGCCUGGAGAAACGGACAAGGACUGGUUCUAGCAUUUUAAAUAGCCAAACUACUUUGUACGGAAGCUGCCUGCUGUGCCUCUCGGCUGCAAUAUCUGUUUGCUUCUUCUUCUGGAAGAUGAUGUGCAUUGUUACUUUUACAUUGCUUGGGAAUGUAGUUAGUUUAUUCUCAGCCAACUGGUAUGUGCUGCUUAAAACAUGGUUUCCUGCUGUUCUGCAUAUUUGCAUUGAUGGAGUAAAAGGAUCUUAACUGGCAAAUAAAGACGUAAAAGGAUGUGAUCUCAGC